AUGCCGUUCCGGCCACUAGGAGCGCGUGUUCGCUGCCACGUCACCGCCCAAGCACGCGCUUCCACCAACCAGCAGGGUUCGGAUCGGCCGGCGCUACUCCCGUCCUCCCUCCAGCCCAGAUUCGGUGGCCGAACCUGCAGGCUCGGGGUAGCUCCAGCAGCUAUCGGUCCCCAGCCAAGGAGUUUUCUAGGUUUGGGGGAAACUGGUGCGCUGGGAGGGGGGAAUGGGGGAGGGGGGAAUGGGGAAGGGGGGAGUUCCGCUGGGGGAGCUGCUUCCGCCUCUACCGCCACAACUUUAUCUGCUGCCCGUUCCCAGACCCCUGACCGGCCUCAGCCAUCCCUGGCCCGCCACGUGGCACGAAGCCUGCCCGUGGCGGUGCUGAGCGAGCUCGUGGCAGCUGCGGCUACAGCAGGAGGUACAGCCGCUACAGCCGCAGCCAAUAGCGGGCUGCCAGCUCACGCGGGGCAUCUGGCGAUUCCUGCUACAGCCGUGACGCCUGUAGCAGUGACGGCGCUAGCAGCUAUAUACGGAGCUUACCUGUCAGAUAACCUGCUGGGACGGCAGAAGCAGCCGCCAAAAACAGAGCCGUUGAUCAUCGAGUCAGUGGACGUCACAGAUUACCCCAUCUUCAGGCACCCAGAGGUGCUGCGGGCUGUGGAGUUCGCCAGGGACGCCCACUGGGACCAGUACCGCAAGACAGGCGAGCCGUACGUCAACCACUGCGUUCACACUGCUCGCAUCCUGGCAGCGCUGGUGCCGCCCCAGGGCAAGAAGGCAGUGGAUGCGGUGGUGGCAGCAGUGCUGCAUGACAUUGUGGACGACACACCCUACGACAUUGCUGACGUGGAAAUGCUCUUCGGUGCUGACGUGGCACAGCUGGUGGAUGGCGUGUCUCGCCUCAGCCACAUCAACCAGUUGUUGCGCCGCCACCGCAGGGCUACGGCAGAGCAGAGAGCACAGGAGAACACAGGACUUAGUUCAGCAGACGUGGACAGCCUGAGAAUGAUGCUGCUGGGCAUGGUGAACGAUCCCCGAGUGGUGCUCAUAAAGCUGGCGGACAGGCUGCACAACAUGCGCACCAUCUACGCACUGAAGGACAGCAAGGCACGGGCAGUGGCACAGGAGACACUUUCCAUCUGGUGCUCCCUGGCCUCUCUAUUCUGCCUGUUGCCCAUUCUCUCGUAUUCUCUGCGGCUGCUUCCUCUUCCCCUCUCCCCCUCCCAGCUACGCACUGAAGGACAGCAAGGCACGGGCAGUGGCACAGGAGACGCUGUCUGUCUGGUGCUCCCUCGCCUCUCGCCUCGGUCCGAGCUGGAGGACCUCUGCUUUGCGGUGCUGGAGGUGAGCGCGGCUAACUACACAAAGAGCGAGCUGGCCACCAUGUGGAGCUCCCCUGAGGACUGGCGGUUGCGCCUGCGCCCCAUCCCCUGCCUCCUUUCCCCCUUCCCCUGCCUCCUUUCCCCCUUCCCCUGCCUCCUUUCCCCCUUCCCCUGCCUCCUUUCCCCCUUCCCCGGCAUCCUUUCCCCCUUUCCCCCUUCCCCUGCCUCCUUUCCCCCUUUCCCCCUUCCCCUACCUCCUUUCCCCCUUUCCCCCUUCCCCUGCCUCCUUUCCCCCUUUCCCCCUUCCCCUGCCUCCUUUCCCCCUUUCCCCCUUCCCCUGCCUCCUUUCCCCCUUUCCCCCUUCCCCUGCCUCCUUUCCCCCUUUCCCCCUAAACCACCCCCCCAGCCGCGCAUAUUCCGCCAAUUGCGGGGCGAGCUGGCCACCAUGUGGAGCUCUCCUGAGGACUGGCAGUCACUCAGAGGGAAGGGAAAUGUCUAUUCCUCACAACCCUUCCCGCUCCUUCCCUUACCGCAUUCAACCCCACUCCGGCCACGCAUAUUCAGGCAGCUGAGAGGCGAGCUGGCCACCAUGUGGAGCUCCCCGGAGGACUGGCGGUCACCUCCCGCCUGCGCCCUCUUCACCUCCCUCCUUCCCUCUUCACCUCCCUCCUUCCCUCUUCACCUCCCUCCUUCCCUCUUCACCUCCCUCCUUCCCUCUUCCCCCCCUAAAACACCACUCCAGCCGCGCAUCUUCCGCCAGCUGAGGGGCGAGCUGGCCACCAUGUGGAGCUCCCCGGAAGACUGGCGGUCGCUGAGAGAGCGCCUGCGCCUCCGCCGCCGCCCUGCCCGCCCCCCCGCUGCUGCCGCUGCCGGGAGUGCUUCUGGAUCAGCAGAGAAAGGCGGCACCAAGAAAGGCACCACCAGCGGCAGCACUCAGAAAGGAAAAGGGAGCAGUGGCACUACACAGGGAAAAUGUUCCACUCAAGGGAACAGUCUCACAAAAGGUGCCAAGAGCAGCAGUGUGCUUAUAGCAAAUGAGUUCCUAUCCAUGGUUGCUGCAGCAGAGGGAGCAGUGCUGGAUGCGGUGCCAGGUGGCAAGCUGCUACAGGGCGCAAGGGACGAGGAGGGGGAGGAGGGGGAAUCAGAGCCGUCGGUUCGGGAUUUGAUCGAAGCUGUGGUGCCGUUCGAUCUGCUGGCGGAUAGGAACAGACGAUCCAGGGCAGUGGCUUGGCCUGUUGCUGCUAGUAGAGCUGCUACUGGUGCUGGUGCUGCUACCACCGGAGGUGGAACAAGUGCAAGUGGGGGGGGUGUGAGGAGGAGGAGGACGAGGGUGAUGCGUGAUGCAGAGGUGGCGCUCACGGCUCUGCACGGCUGCGAGGAGGCACUGCAGCGAGAGCUCCUUAUAACAACCCCCUACGUGCCUGGCAUGGAAAUCGUCCUCUCUGGGCGUCUCAAGAGCAUGUACAGCUGCCAUGCCAAGAUGCGGCGCAAGCGGGUGCCUCUGGACAAGAUCUACGACGCACGGGCGCUGCGGGUGGUGGUGGGGGAUGCUAACGGGACGCAGCACGAGGCGGCAGUGGAAGCUUGUUACAACCUGCUCAGCGUGGUGCACAGUCUCUGGACUCCCAUUGGUGGAGAGUUUGACGACUACAUCCUCAAUCCCAAGCCGAGCGGUUACCAGACCAUGCACGAGUAUGCAGAGUUCGGGCAUGCGGCUCACUGGCUGUACAAGGAGAGUGACACUCCUGACUCUGAGUUCGGCCAUGCAGCCCAUUGGCUGUACAAGGAGAGUGAUACUCCUGACUCUGCCCCAUCUACAGAACCUGAAUCGCCGUCCAAUGAGAAUGCGCCACCUGUACAAUCAGGCAGCAAUCAGCAGCAGCAGCAGGGUGGUUCAUCAGCUUCCUCCUCCUCCUCCUCUCUCCUCUCCUCCUUCACUUCGUCUGUCUCCUCCUUCCUCUCCUCUCCUUCCCCUUCUGACCCUUCUGCUUCUGCUGGUGCUGCUUCUGAUGCUGCUGCUGCUUCUGGUGUCGCUGAAAGCAGUCGGGAGAGGAGGCGGGGAACAGGCAAGUUCCAGCCGUUUUCAGCCACGGAUUUUGAGAACCAACCGUUUGAGGGCAUUGCCAGCAGCGGUAUGACAGGGAGUGGCUCCAAAGGGGGAACGAUGAGCAACAGGGGGAGAGAGAGCAUUAAGGGUGGGACGCAGAGCAACAGGAGCAACAGUGGAAGCAGGGAGAUCGUUGGAAGGAGUUUCAAAGGGGGGACGCAGAGCAACACAAGCAACAGUGGGAGUACGGAGAUUUCUCAAGGGACUUCUAGGGGAGGGACUCAGAGCAAUAGGAGCCUGCAAGGGAGGAUGGCUGGUAGCAGCAGGGCGAUCAGCAGCACCAGUGAGCGCACAGACGCUGCAACAGUGACAGUGGGGUCUCGUGGUUCGGAAGGGGAGAUAGAGAAGCAGCAGCAGGAGCAGCAGCAGCAGCAGCAGGAGCAGGAGGAGCAGGAGGACAAAUUGCCAGCAACACUGCCACAAGCAGCAGCAGCAAUGCCAGCAGGAACACUUACCCCGUCAUCCGAACCAGAUCAAACACCAGCAUCUACACUUCGAAGCAGCACAGGCUUGGAGGCUCAGGCUCGGCCCAAGCCUGCCACAGCCCUGGUGGUGGAUGCAGGUGUGGUGCCUGUGGCUACUGUACCCCUGGCUGCAGCUGUUUUGUCUGAUGUGGGGGAGGUGGAUCAGGUGGAGGGUGACUUGGAGGAGGAAGGAGAGGGGGAGGCAGCAGGGGGCGUUCAGGAAAAUCCAGUUUCUCGGCUUGCUAAGAUACAGCUACCUAAUGGAAAGGUGAUUUUGGAGGGGCAUCCAGCAUUGAGGGUAGAAGAUGGGAACACUAUUGCUGCUACUGCUGCUGAUGCCACGACUAGCGUGGGUGGAGACAGUAACAUGGCCAGUGGUGGCAUUAGCAGCUCGAGUGGUAACAGCGGGGUUGACGGGAAGGAGGCGCCACUCUCGUCUGCUGCACGAAUAAACAACAAGGUUCGGCUUCUCCGGUCCAUGCUGCAAUGGGAGCGGGAGGUUCGGCACGAGGCAGCACCGGAUGGCACCCUGGCUGGUCUGGGCAUAGAUAGCAGCGGUAGCAGCAGCAGCUUUGGCAGCAGUGGUGGUGGCAGCAGCGGCAGUGGCAGCAGUGGAGGGGAGGGGGAUGAGAUGGGAGGGGAGCGGGAUGGGACAGGACAAGACGGCCUAGUAGACGCUGUUGCUCUCAGCGAAGUUCUCGUUAUAAGCUGGCCUGGUGGUGAGAUAGUGCGCUUACCAGCUGGCAGUCUGGCAGGUGAUUUCGCCCGCCUGCGAGCCAAGGCAGCCACAGGGGAUGCAGCAGCAGCGGCUGCAGUCAUCUCAUCUGACGGGCUGCGCCUCUCCCUCUCCCCCACCACCGCCACUCCCUCUGCCUCGGGCUCUCGAGCCGUUAGUGGUUCCCGGGGCUAUGGAGACGUUUCCAGUGCGGUGCUGUGCCCGGCAGAGGAGUCUAUCUUUGUGAACGGGAAGCGUGUUGAUCCGAGCACACGGCUCAGGGAUGGGGAUCUGGUGGAGGUGCGCUGUGUUGAGGACCUGUAG